UUCAUACAUCCCUCGCCUCUCCCCAGUACCGGCCUGCAGGUGGAAUUUACAUGGUUAACCAUCUCUGCUGCGAUAAUCCUGUUACCUAGGUGAGGUUGGGUGCUGCAGGAGAAACUGAUGAUGUCUUUCUGAUCCUAGUCCUCUGAAAACCAAGGUUUGAGUUUGCAAGUCUGAUCUCAGUGGCACAUAAAAAGUCUUCCUUCCUUGGACUUAGUUAAAAAGACAUCAGGUGUAUCUGGUUUUGUAACUAAGGCAGGACAGCUGUAUGUGGCCAUUAUAUUAUUUUUUUAAUACAAAAUAAAUAAUGUUUAGCUCCAUCUCCAGAAAAUCCUCUUUGGAGGAGCACUGUCUGGAGUUUUUAGGACUUUUUCCUUUAUCAUCAGGCAGGGUUCUGAUCAAGCAGCUGGGGUAGGAGGUCCUGCCGAUGCUGUCAGAGCGUGUUUCUGGGGGUGAUAACGUGGGCAGGCCCAGAGGGUGUGUGAAAGCACAGUUCCAUCAUCUCUGCUCUACACCAGAACGCGGAGCUCUUUUAGAGCAGCUCCAGCAAACGGGGCCAGGCCUCCUCCGAGGGCCGCCUCCACCUCGCUUCGCCCCGGCGGGGCGCUGCGGGCAGGGCCGCUGAGGCGAGGCGAGCCGGGCCGCCGUACGCCAUGCCUGUCGCCGUGGUGGAGUACAAGGGCUGGAAGGAGGGCUACCGCUGCGGUUACUGCGCGUCGGAGCAGGGGAAGGUCUCCGCCGGUAUGUGGGCACAUUCGAUGACAGUUCAAGAUUACCAGGAUCUCAUAGACAGAGGAUGGCGAAGAAGUGGAAAAUAUGUCUACAAACCCAUCAUGAAUCAGACAUGUUGCCCUCAAUACACGAUAAGGUGCCAGGCUUUGCAUUUUCAGACCUCCAAAUCUCACAAGAAAGUUCUGAAGAAAAUGCUGAAGUUCCUUUCCAAAGGGGAUGUUCCGAAAGUAGUGAGUGAAGAAGAGCCUAUGGAUUCUCACAUAGAGGAUGUGGGCGCCUGUGAUUUUGCCUACAAAGGUGAAUCACAUGUCAGUCAGUCCGAACUGACUCCCCUGGGUGUGGAUCACGCUGAGAGGGUGGAGAAUGAAGAUCAGGACACAGGAGAAAAGAAAGAAGAGGGCAAUGAGCACAAGGUGGAAUCAGAUUCUCUUCGGCUACAUGCAGAUAAAGGGACACCAGUCCCUGGAGAACCAUCACGUUCGGCUAAAGGUGUUCAUGCACCACCUAAGCCAGGGAAAGGGGCUGACCUGAGCAAGCCCCCAUGCCGAAAGGCAAAGGACAUACGUAAAGAAAGAAAACUGCAGAAACUCCUUCAGAACCAGACGUGUACAGUGGAAGGAUCUCAGCUUCAAGCAGCAGAUCAAGUUUUCCUCUUGCAAAACUCUAAAUCUAAAACAAACCAGCCUAAAACCAUUGAAGACUUCGUUUUUGUCUCUUUACCUGAUGAUGCACAACACAAAUUAGAGGUGAGGGUGGUGAGAUCAUCUCCACCAAGUUCACAGUUCAAAGCCACAUUUCAGGAGUCUUACCAGGUCUAUAAACGUUACCAGAUGGUUGUUCACAAGGACCCACCUGAUAAACCAACUAUAAAUCAGUUCACACGAUUCCUCUGUGAUUCUCCUCUGGAGGCAGAGAAUGCACCAAAUGGACCAGAAUGUGGCUAUGGCUCUUUCCACCAGCAGUAUUGGCUGGAUGGGAAGAUAAUUGCUGUUGGUGUCAUUGACAUCCUGCCCUACUGCGUGUCCUCUGUCUACCUGUACUAUGAUCCAGACUACUCUUUCUUAUCUUUGGGAGUCUACUCUGCAUUACGAGAAAUCGCUUUUACAAGGCAACUCCAUGAGAAAGCUCCUGAUCUCUGCUUUUAUUAUAUGGGUUUCUACAUUCAUUCAUGCCCCAAAAUGAGAUACAAGGGUCAGUACAGGCCCUCUGACUUGUUGUGCCCAGAGACGUACAUCUGGACGCCUAUUGAGCAAUGUCUCCCGCUGCUUGAACACUCAAAGUACUGUCGAUUCAACCAGGAUGGAAAAGCAGUUGAUGAAGGUCGGAUCAAGGAACUGGGCAGGGUGAGAGUGCUCCACAAGAGAACCGUCAUGCCUUACAGUGUGUAUAAGAAAAGACGGAAGGGACCAAGUGAUGAAGCCAGUGUCCAGCAAUAUGCAAGUCUGGUUGGACAGACCUGUUCAGAAAGAAUGUUGUUGUUUAGAAGUUGAGGAAUGGUGAAAAGGCAUUUUGACGGCGCCUCAUUUUAUUGCACUGCCACUGGGUGAUAUGUACUAUAGUUGUGUGUUGGUAUGCCUCCUCAAAUAGCAGUAUGAACUACAGGUAUAUAUCUAGGCUUGUGUGAAUACAUGGUACUGUGUUUUAAGGCCAAUUCCAAUAAAAUUUGCAGUACAGCAAGGCUUUAGCAAUAUAAGGUUAGAAAAACAUGCUUGCAAUAUAUUUUAAUGAAGUAGCUCUUGCCUUUCUAUGCAUUUUGAAUAAUUCUGAGUGUCUAAGCAAAAUGAAAAACAGGUGUCUUUUUUUUUUUUUGUAGAGACAAAGGUUGACUAAAUCUACAUUAACAAUAAUUAAAAUUACAACUGGUUUCAAAUAGCACCUUGGAUAUCUGUCAUUAAAAAUUGCCAUGAAAUUCAUGCUCACAUUCGUAUGCUCCUAGACUCUUGCAAAGAGAACUGGAACGUGCUGUGACUUUCUAACGUGAAAUCUGGCAUGGUUUGGUUUUUAUUUCAAUAGUAUAUUUAAAAACAGGAAGAAAUUAUUUUCACUGCACCUUCUUCAUUUGUUUGAAGCAGUAGGUUAGUGCCUGAGGUCCUGGUGAAUGUAGGAGUUCACAGUGGAUUCUUAGUGGCAGGGGAUGCAGUGCUUUGGAAAACUUUCCCCUUUAGAGAUGAAACAGAAUAGUUGCACUAUAAAUAUACCAAAGAUACGCAGCCAAGAGGCACAGUGGGUUUUUGGUAUAAGCCUUAUCCUUUGUCUAAAAAGAGUGGAUAUUUUAGUAUCAAAAUUUCCACUAAUGUGAAAUAGAGCUUGGAAGGUUUAUCCUGCAGCUCUUUGGUGCACAUUUCAGAACUAUGCUAAAAACGCCAGACAUGAGGUACCACUGCUGGGGUUUGUUGCAAUUGUUUUUUCUUCUGAAUUGCAUGGGAAGGCUUAAAUAUCAUAUUCCUGCAUUUUUUACUGUUUUGUUCAUGGUGCAGCAGCUCACAGGUUAACAUCUUGUAUGUUAACGUCUUAAUACCAUUGUAUUAAAUACUUCUGUUGGAAACACAGGAA